CAGGCCUUUCAGCGGUCUUCGCAUCGGCAAUCCGACGUGGUGCUCCUGCGCGUGCCCGACGACAGCGAACGCUCGGCGGCGACGUCGUUAGAAGACCUGAAUCGCUCCGUGACCUCUCUGGCGUUGCUCAACAUGCGGUACCUCCAGGAGCAAAACGCCAUCUUCUCCGUGGCCGUGACGACCACGGCCAUCAUCCUAAUUUUAGUGGGCAUCUAUGUCUUCACCCGCGAGAUCAGCGUGCUCUCCUCGGGUCUCUUGCGACCGCUACGGCUGCUGGCGGAUGACAUGCAGAGUGUCACCCAGAUGCAACUGGCUGGGCUUCAAAGCAACAAAGCCGUCAUGGAGUUUGAUCGGAAUGUGGCGGAGAUUCGACUCAUCGAGGGGAUCUUUGAGAAAACGAAGACGGCCAUCCGUUCCUGGGGCAAAUACGUGCCGUGGCCUGUGGUGCAGAUCUUGUUGGCGGCAGGCAUCGACUCUGCUUUGAAGCUGGCGACCACCGACGUCACGAUGUUCUUCUCCGACAUUGCUUCCUUCACGACGAUCGUGGAGAAGCUCCCUCCGGAGCGCUCGCUGGUGCUCCUGAGCCGAUACUUCAACGACAUGUCGCAGGUGAUCGACAAUCAUGGAGGCAUUGUCAUUGAGUUCAUCGGUGAUGCGAUUCUCUCGGUCUUCGGGGCGCCGCUGCGCAACCCGAUGCACGCAGACGCGUGUGUGCGUGCGACCUUGAAGAUGCUGAAGGCGCUGGACCGCAUCAACGCCUGGUCCAAGCAUCGCUCGCUCCCACAGGUGAACAUCCGCUGUGGCGUUCACACCGGAGAGGUCUUGGUGGGCAACAUGGGUUUCCAUUCGCGCAUCAAGUACGGCACCAUGGGGGAGAACGCCAACGUGCCCAGCAAGCUCGAGGAAUUUAACAAGACGUACAGCACCUUCAACCUCAUCUCCGAGGACACAUAUCUCAGCUUGCCACCGGAGACCUUCAUCGUGAGGCCCAUCGAUUGCAUCUACCUCAGGAAUAGCGACCCAGAGCCCACCACGGUGUACAACGUCUUGGGCUUUAACGAGAGCGCCGAGAAGAUGGGCAAGACCGAGAGGCCAGCGAUCUGUUCCAGAAGUAUGUCAGAAUGUCGAAGAAGAUGGGCCCCCAGGACUCGGCAGCCCAGCUGAUGCAGAAGCGUUGCAAGUUCUACCUGGAGAAUCCGCCUUCGCGGGAAUGGGACGGUGUCUGGGAUCAGGC